GGAGCCAUGGGUAACCGUGUCACCCGCGAGGACUUCGAGUGGGUCUACACGGAGCAGCCCCACACGCAGCGCAGGAAGGAGAUCCUGGCAAAAUAUCCAGAGAUCAAGACUCUGAUGGGACCAGAUCCACAUUUAAAGUGGAUUGUAUCUGGAAUGGUUUUCAUGCAGUUUCUAGCAUGCUACCUGGUGAAAGACUUAUCUUGGAAAUGGAUUUUCUUCUGGGCUUAUGGUUUUGGGGGUUGCAUCAACCAUUCACUGACCCUAGCCAUCCAUGAUAUUUCACACAACGUCGCCUUUGGGAAUAAGCAGGCCAAGUGGAACCGAUGGUUUGCAGUCUUUGCCAACUUGCCGAUUGGCAUCCCUUAUUCUGCCUCCUUCAAGAAGUACCACAUUGACCAUCAUCGGUACCUUGGUGGGGAUAGCCUGGAUGUGGACGUUCCCACAGACUUUGAGGGUUGGUUCUUCUGCACACCACUUCGGAAACUGCUUUGGCUUUUCCUCCAGCCGCUGUUCUAUAGUCUGAGACCACUGUAUGUGAACCCCAAAGCAAUUACACGGAUGGAAAUUUUUAACGCUCUCGUCCAGUUUUCUAUAGACCUUACAAUUUACUACCUUUGGGGGCUCAAACCUAUUAUUUACUUAAUAGCAGGUACGAUUCUUUGCAUGGGCGUACAUCCCAUUUCUGGGCACUUCAUAGCAGAACACUACAUGUUCUUAAAAGGGUAUGAGACAUACUCUUAUUAUGGACCUCUGAACUGGCUCACCUUUAAUGUAGGCUACCACAUGGAGCACCACGACUUCCCCAGCAUUCCCGGAUGCAGAUUGCCAAUGGUGAAAAAGAUUGCAGCAGAAUAUUACGAUAACCUCCCACAUCACCAGUCCUGGAUUCGAGUUCUGUGGGACUUUGUGUUUGAUGACGCUAUUGGUCCUUAUUCAAGGGUUAAGAGACUAUGCAAGCUGGCAAAAGAAAGCUAACGGACUAGCUCCGCCUGCUGCAUUGGUGUUUUGUUUGUUCAUUUGAAUGACUGGAGUUUUAUGCAGAAGUAGAAGGAUGUUUGUGUGUGCUGAAUUAGCGUUGGUGCAUGCUCCUUAGACCAAGAGGAUGAAUGUGAAAAUGAAGCAAUUGGAUGCACUAUUUUAGGCUAUUGAUACUUUUUAAUAAAGGAUAUUUGCGUAUGUAACCCUGAGAAACUAGAUUAGAGUGAGCUAUGAUUAUAUGAACCUUUGGUCUAGGCUUAGAAUUAACUUCCUGGGCCGUGUGUGCCUAAGUCUGCAACGGAGAAUGCUUGGUGCGUGUGUGUGUAAGCAUGCAUGUGUGUAGUUCAGGACUGGUUUCUCUUCAUGCCAGAUUAGGUGUAGAUGCUCUGCAUGCACAGGACUGUGGAAGCAGGGAAGACUGGCACGCAGUAGUAAAUGAUACUUUCUGGAGAACACAAGGGUGCCUUUAGCUCAAUGUCUUAUCUAAUACCUUCUGAUAAUUGCUGGUAGCAGAGGUUUUAGAUAUGCAAUGGAAUAUGUGUAUAUUUUUAUACAUUUGUAUCAUUAUUUUAGCAGCUGCUGUUUGACCUUUAUUCAAGGGCUUUGUCUAAACCUUUUCGGAAUGCAUUUCUAUUCUUAGGAUCUAAUACUCAGUGUAGCUAACUGGCAGAGCUGAACUGUGGCGUGGAGAAACCCUUUCUUUAGUCUUCUGCUCGCUGCCUGAUCAGCAGCAUGGAUGUGCUCCUGGAGGAACUGGCUGGUCCUUUCUCGCUCACCUUUUCAACAGUAUUCAUGAUUCUCAUCCUUUUCCUCACUGUAAGUUCUUCAGGGAAUUACAUUAAAAUUACAAAAUUUUAAUUGCUGCUUGCCAAAGUUGUUAAUAUUCCUGAUCACUUUUCUUGGUCUUCGCUAUAUUAUACCCCUUUCUGUGAAUAGGAGUUGGGAGUAUGUGUCAGUGAAGACAUGGAGACCUUAUAGUGAUAUUUGUUACUAACUGCUUUCAGAAAAAUUGUAACUUUUUUCUCUGGCAUUCAAGGGGCACCGACUUGACAUUUGGGAAGCACAUGAUACUCCAGCUAUAUAGAAGCUCCCACUGAUGGCGUUAAGGGGAUAUACCUGGAACAUGGAUCUGGGGUUGCUUCACUCCCUACGUGUCUUACUUUGUGCUAUUGACAUUAACUUUCAUCUGUCAUUUCUACCCACUGGAUCAGUUAAAUCUUCCUGCCUGUCCUCUCCACUUAUAAACUUCUGGCUAUCCUCAAUAAUUCUGUAUCAUCAAAAAACUUAAUCACCCUGCCUUUCUCCAAGCAGAACAAUAUUUUGGGAGUUGGGAGUUCAGAUGCCAUCUAAUAACUUCCCUCCACCCUGGAAAGCUGACAACUUACGUCUGUCCUUACUAAGUGGUUAAUAGAGAGAUCUAUAAAGGUCCUCUUAUACUCCAACCCUCUAACAGUUUAACUUUUUUGUUUUCUUCUGGAAAUCCAUGUCUGUAACAAAGAAAAGGAUUAUUGUACAUUCUCGCUGGUCCCUCCAAGUAUGUUAUUAGACCUUGGAAGCCUGAUUUCCUCAAUAAACACAGUUUCAUUCCUUCUUCCUACAGCACUGGAUCCAGUGAGUCAGUCUGUCCAUGCACUAGACUGGCACACCGGGUAGCUGAGCUAGCCUGCUGCAACUUGGGUUCCUCCUCCUCCAUUUCCCCUUCCUCCAUUUUUCUCAUCUGUCUGAUUUUGGCAGUUGCGUUAAAUACCCAGGUUUGCUCAGCAAUGUGAGAUCCUUUGUGAUGCAGGGGCUGAAUACCAGUUUAUUCACAGAUACUGUUUUGGUAUGUGGGUUGUGCUUCUGGAAAAGAAGAGGAAGAAUGAGAAUUCUUCUGACUUUUCAGACUUCACUGGUUCUUCAGUGAAGAACAUGCUUAAGUUCUCCCAAAGGAAGAGGCUUUGGUGUGGGAACCUCCAUUAACUUCUUUAUAUCAGUGCUCACGUCAGCGAGCUUCAGUUUUUUGUUAAUUUACUUCAGUGCUGCUGGCACGCCACAAUCACAUACUCAACUUCCCGUGUCCUUAGCAAGCUGUUCCUCAACUCUCCUGGCCGACUUAGCAAGUUAAUAUCAAAACCAUAAUAAAGAUUAUGCUGCCUUCCUCAAUCUGACUAUUGUCCUUCUCCUCUAUG